AGGCAGCAUUUGGAUACUUAAUAAGCCUAAUCGAGUCAUAGUCUGGGCGUUGAUUGUCUCUGAGGAACUCUUUCCCUAUAACCUAAGACCCACCUAUCACCUACCUCAACAAACGCUCACCCUUAUACCGCCAUCCAUUCUCCCCGUUCUCUCCGUUUCUCUUUGAUUAUAUCAAUGCGUUCUCUCGAACACCAAGCUCCAUUCACACACCCUUCUCUCUGGCUUUUUUACUGCCAACUUUUACUCGUUACCAAUCCCCCCUCGUUGAACACGUUCACCAGAGAUGCAAAUCCUCGAUAUUCUCGUGACUGUUGUCACCAUUCUGCCAACAGUUUUCUCUGUUAGAAUCCCACUUCCAGAGACUCCGUGUAAGACAGGUACUCAGCGCUGCCAUGCCAACAACGUGGAAGAAUGUGAUCCUUUUGGCAACUAUGUGCCUAUCCAAGCAUGUAGCGACACUGAGUUCUGCACGAUCGAUGCCUAUGACCCCAACACUCCCAGCCAAUGUACUGAGCAAGAUUGUGUUGUCGAACCGUGCCUACGAUCUUCACACCGGGCCAUUGCUCGGGCUCCCUUCAUGAACGACAUGCCGCCUACACGUUCUCCUUCGAAAAACCUUGAAUCAAGGUCAUACAUCUCUAAAGGUGCCCCAAGUGUUUUCGAGCAUUGCAUCACUGCUGGCGAGAGGCGAUGCAGCGGAGAACAAGUUGAGAUGUGUAGUACCGAAAACGCUUGGGUCAAAAUCGAAAGCUGUAGCGAUACUGAAGAGUGUCGCGCAGAAUACAACGAUGCUCGUUGUCAACUGAUCGUUGCGUCCACACUUCUCAUUCUACGUUCUCCCACGGCAAUACCUGAGUGGUGUAGGAUUGGUGAAUCUCGCUGCUUGGGCAAUGUUCUUCAAUUGUGCGAACAGAACAGCUGGAAACCGACAAUGUGUCCCAAUCCGUCCAAGUGCGUCAAGCGUGACGAUGUCGCGCAAUGCUGGGUAGAACCGCCUUUCCCCUCCGUAGUACCAGAGCUAUGCGUGCCGGGAGAUAGGAAGUGCGAUUCUGACGCAUAUGCCCUUCAGCUGUGCGGCAAAGAUGGAGUGUACCACACCGAGAAGAAAUGCACCACUCCCGGUGAUUGCAAGACCGACAGGCCAGGCCAAGCGCACUGUGGGACAGGAAGCAUGGAUUCACCGAAGUUCGAGCGUCAUACCAAUAGCACUCAGUGCACCCACGGUGAUUAUGCCUGCGAUACCCACCGUCGCUUCAUGUUCGUUUGCAUCAACGGCAUAUGGCAAGAACCGAUUCAGUGCCACAGGGCCGGUGCCUGCCAAGCUGUUGGGCCUACGCCCGAAUACCCCAAGGGGAACAUGGACUGCAUAGGCUUCCCGAAGUAUCUCUAUCCUGACAACAGGGUAUGUGAGACCGUCAGUAGUUGCGAAUUUAUGCGGUACAUGUACUGUUCAGCUGUAAGUACUCUCUUUAUCCACUUUCUAACGUUCUCAUUCCUACAAUGGUAGACUGGGGGUAAAUUUGCCCUGCGGAGGAUGGACUAACACGAUGACAGGGCUCACCGAAGCUUGAGGACAUGGAGAAGUGCCGUGCGAGAAUGUGCGAGGAUUGGGAUGUAGGUUGAACGCUCUUGACACUGAAGAAAGAAGACUGACUCCACGAUAGUGCAAAGACUGCGAUCGCUGCACAUACCACCUCGGGUACGGCGAAGUGCUAGAGCCUGAUCUAAACACUUUGAUCCAUGGCUCACCCACACUGUGAUAUGCCGUUGUGGAGCAUUCUGAGUUGCUCACCAGGUAGCCUGAAUGGCCGUUGGACUGAUGUGUGCCGGAAGGUGCUGCGUGUAUAUCAAACAGCCUGGUAUACAUGGUGAGCAUUCUUAUAUAUAG